AUGCUGGCAAGCUCAACAUCACAAGUUGCUGUUGAUGCAUUUCUGAAUUACGGAGCACCAUAUUGUUUUUGGACCGACAACGGUUCUGAAAACAGAGGUGUUUUCCAAAAUGAUCUUAACCUCUUCGGAGUACAAUGGCGCCAUACUGAUUCUCAUUCGCCAAACCAAAAUGGCAAAAUCGAGAUGUUUUGGCAAACCCUCGAGAAAUUCUCUAGCUUAAAUGAUAUGCAACGCUUUAUCAAUGAAUAUAAUCAAAAUAUCACACAUUUUUAUUUACCAAUCAACCCACAAACACAUCAUCACUAUACACCUGAUCAAAUGUACAAUUCAAGAGCCAAAUACACCCCAGCAGACAGACAAAGAUUAUGGAAAUAUGGAAUUGUGAAACUGGUCAGACAAAUAUUGAAACCUUUACCACAUAAUUUGAUUAAAAAAUAA